UGCUCGCUCGUGAACUACAAAGUUCCCAUCUUUCUAUCUCUCCCUAUCUUUGCAUCAAUGGGUGUUGAUCAGUCUGCAGCUAAACCAGGAAACUCCAGUACCUGCACCAUUUCGUGCCCAUUGGAGAUGAAUACUGGUUUAGGAUAUUACAUGGACCAAAGGGUCGCCCGGGCGAGACGCUAUGCUCAUGAGGGAGUGGUCGCGGGAGCUAAAGCGGCUAUCAUGGCUACUGCUGCCAGUGCCAUCCCCACUUUGGCCAGCGUAAGAAUGUUCCCUUGGGCGAGGCGCAACCUCAACCCCACGGCUCAGGCCCUCAUCAUAUCCACUGUGGCAGGAGCGGCAUACUUCGUUGUAGCAGACAAGAAAGUGCUGGCUUCUGCAAGGAAGAACUCCUUUCGAAAUGCCCAAGAAUGAGCUCGCCCUGCUUGAUCCUGUUUCCUGCCUAUGUUAGAGCAUCAGUAGUCUAUGAAAGAUUAACUUCUUCGUCUUUCCCAUUGUAUACUUUAUUAUUAUGAAUACGAGACUGUAGUUGGCUAGCGCCUGUCAAGGAUUGAAAUUGAUGGCAUUAAUAAAAGAACUGAAUGAAGUUCACAAGAUACA